GUAAAAUUGUCCAUGUGAUCAUGACCAAAUAAUUCAUCAACUGUUUUAAAUAUCAACUUGGUUUCCAGUUUCUACCCUCCAUUGUCAAAUGCUGAUCAUUUAUUGCUCACAAGUCAUAAUUCUCUGAUAGCAAUCCAGCCAAGGAAGCCCCAUUUGUCCUUGGCCUCCAAGAACUUCAAGCAAAAUGGGAAGAUGGGUUUCGACAUAUCUUCUCCUUAUUGCAGCUGCAAUGGCAGCUUCUUGUUUACAAUCUGAAUCAGCUAUCUCAAAAGGAUCAUUUGAAGACAAUUUCAGUAUUAUGUGGUCAGACGAGCAUUUCAAAACUUCUGAAGAUGGGCAGAUCUGGUACCUCUCAUUGGACAAAGAAACAGGUUGUGGAUUUCAAACAAAACAGAGAUACAGAUUUGGCUGGUUUAGCAUGAAGCUGAAACUGGUUGGUGGUGAUUCAGCUGGAGUAGUCACUGCUUAUUAUAUGUGCACAGAGAAUGGGGCAGGGCCAACAAGGGAUGAAUUGGAUUUUGAGUUCUUGGGCAAUAGAACAGGGCAGCCAUAUUUGAUUCAGACAAAUGUAUACAAAAAUGGAACAGGUGGGCGAGAGAUGAGACACAUGCUCUGGUUCGAUCCAACAGAGGAGUUUCACACCUAUUCCAUCCUCUGGAACAACCACCAGAUUCUGUUCUUUGUAGACAGAGUUCCCAUAAGAGUUUACAAGAACAAUGGCGAGGAGAACAAUUUCUUCCCCAACGAGAAGCCAAUGUAUCUAUUCUCCAGCAUUUGGAAUGCCGAUGAGUGGGCGACGAGAGGUGGACUAGAGAAGACAGACUGGAAAAAAGCACCAUUUGUGUCGUCGUAUAAGGACUUCAGUCUCGAUGGUUGCCGGUGGGAAGAUCCAUACCCUGCCUGCGUAUCGACGACCACCAAGAACUGGUGGGAUCAAUAUGAAGCUUGGCAUCUUUCGGAUUCGCAGAAAAUGGACUAUGCUUGGGUCCAGAGAAACCUCGUCAUCUAUGAUUAUUGCAAGGAUACUGAGAGGUACCCAACCUUGCCAGUGGAGUGCUCUUUGAGCCCAUGGGAUUGAAAUUGAUAUUCUUUUUUUUUUUUUUAAAUUACUAUAUUAGUAAUUUUUUAUUUAUAUUUUUUUGAGAUGAGUUUAAAAUGUGUAUUUGAAAAUUUUAUGUCGUGUAUAAAUUAAA